UCUUGCACAUUUCACCACCGCACAGGUCUGAAGGAGACUUUGCAAGUCCCUUUAGACCAAAAAAACAAACCAAAACACCUUUGAAACAGAGAAGAAAUUAGCCUUUUCUUCAGUGGGAUGAAGCAUGUAAGGCAUUUUGCCCCAUCCUUAUUUCUCAAUUUGGUGCAUGUUUGCCUGGCUCAGGCAAACUAUGCCCCCUACUUCUUUGAUAAUGGAGCCAGCAGCACUAAUGGGAACAUGGCACUUCUGAGCCUCUCAGAAGACACACCUCUUGGUACACAUGUGUACACUCUGAAUGGAACUGACCCAGAAGGAGAUCCUGUGACCUACGGAAUGACCUAUGAAACUGGGUCAAGAAGUUACUUUGCCAUUGAUACAAACUUUGGAAAUGUCACCUUGAUUGAGGAGCUUGAUAGAGAGAAAGAAGAUGAGAUCGAAGUUAUAGUCAGUAUUUCAGAUGGCCUGAGUACAGUUGCUGAAAAAGUCCGAAUCCUUGUUACAGAUGCUAAUGAUGAGAGUCCAGAGUUUAUCAACACACCUUACAUAGUCCAAGUCCCAGAGAACACUCCCUCUGGGAGCAGUAUUUUUAAGAUCGAGGCAGCGGACAAAGACACGGGUUCCGGAGGAAGUAUCACCUACUUCUUGCAGAACAUCCGUACUAAUAAGUUUACCAUAGACCGACACAGUGGUGUUCUUCGCAUCAAAACAGGGAUCACUCUAGACUAUGAAAAAUCAAGAACUCAUUUUGUCACCGUGGUAGCAAAGGACGGUGGUGGGAAGCUCAGGGGAGACAACAAGGUGUUUUCAGCCACAACCACAGUCACUAUCAAUGUGGAAGAUGUUCAGGACACCCCUCCCAUGUUCAUUGGGACUCCCUACUAUGGCUAUGUGUAUGAGGACACCCUGGCUGACUCUGAGGUACUAACAGUCAUUGCUCUUGACGGUGACCGAGGAAAGCCUAAUAAUAUUCAUUACUGUCUCGUGAAUGGAAGUGAAGGAUCUUUUGAAAUAAAUAAUACGACUGGAGCUAUUUCUGUUAUAAAAAACCCAAGUAAACUAAAGAAAGAAGUGUAUGAACUAAAAAUUCAGGCAUCAGAAAUAAGUCUAGAUGGUGAUGUGACAGCAUAUGCUUUUGCCACUGUGACUAUAAGGGUCGUUGACCUCAACAACCACCCACCAACUUUCUAUGGAGAAAAUGAGCCCCAGAAUCGGUUUGAAUUGACAAUGUAUGAGCACCCACCUGAGGGUGAAAUCCUGAGGGGCCUGAAAAUUACUGUCAACGAUUCAGAUCAGGGGGCCAAUGCUAAAUUCAACCUCCGGCUAGUUGGACCCGGUGGCAUUUUCCGAGUUGUUCCCCAAACCGUCCUGAAUGAGGCUCAGGUUACCAUAAUAGUGGAGAAUUCUGCUGCAAUAGAUUAUGAGAAGUUCCAGUUGUUAACCUUUAAGCUUCUUGCCAUAGAGGUGAACACUCCUGAGAAAUUUAGCUCAACGGCGGAUAUAGUGAUACAUCUCUUGGACACCAAUGACAACGUCCCAAAGUUCUCAUCUGACUAUUACAUUGCCAGGAUUCCAGAGAAUUCCCCAGGGGGGUCCAACGUAGUGGCUGUAACGGCUACAGACCCAGAUUCAGGACUCUGGGGAGAAGUCAAAUACUCCAUAUAUGGAACAGGAGCUGAUCUAUUUCUAAUCCAUCCAUCAACAGGAAUUAUUUAUACCCAGCCAUGGGCCACAUUAGAUGCUGAAGUCACUGCAAAGUACAACUUCUAUGUGAAGGCAGAAGACACAGACGGGAAGUAUAGCUUGGCUGAGGUAUUUAUCACUGUGCUAGAUGUCAAUGACCAUUCUCCAGAGUUCAAUAAGAACAUCCAGGAAAAGACUAUGAUCAUUGGAUCACCAGUGAAAAUAGAGGCUAUAGAUCAAGAUGCAGAAGAACCCAACAACAUAGUAGACUAUUCCAUUAUGCAAGCAGAUCCAGCCAAUGUGUUUGAUAUAGAUCAAAGCACUGGGGAAAUAAAGCUGAAGUCCUAUAUCAGGUCCCUGGAUAUCAUUCACAACAUCACCAAGAACAAAGACUGCAUAUGGUCUGUGGUAGUCCAAGCCAAAGACCGCGGCUCCCCUUCAUUUAGCACGACGGCGGUACUGAAGAUUGAUAUCACAGAAGAGACUCUUCACAAAGGGCCAAUGGCCGCCUUUUUGAUGCAAACUAAAGAUAACCCCAUGAAAGCCUUAGGAGUGCUAGCUGGUGUCAUGGGCAUAAUGGUGGUGAUCACAAUCAUGAUCUCUACUGCCAUGUUCUGGCGCAAUAAGAGAUCCAACAAAAUCAUGCCGGUGAGACGGAUCAUAAAAAAGAGACAGAUCCAGCAACCCAGGACGGUCAGGAUGGAGUGGCUGAAAUUCAAGUGGUCCAGCAAUCCUGCCGAGAAGUUUGCCAUUGAGGAUGACACAAAGAGUCUGCAGAAUGAGAACAGCAACAAUAACGUCCAGGUGCCCUCUCUGCCACCUACUGCCCCAGCCCUGCCCCCUCCCGCAGUUUUAGCACCCAAGAUAAAUACCACUGAGUGGAGAGUGACCACAGUAUCAGGCUCCCUAAGCCCCAAGUUUAUAAACAAGCCAGGGAAGAAAAGGGGCCUCAACAGCACCCAUAAUGCACUGGUGUCAGAGCUCAAACAGAAGUUUGAAAAGAGGAACAUAGCCAGCAGCAACCCUCAUAUCUAGUGCAUCUGCAGCAGCCACUCAUGGAGAUCACAUAGCCAUGCAGUGUAUGGAGAGAAGUGCAUGGUGUGAUUGAGCUUUUCAAUUGCUUUCAAUACAAAAGGAACUAAAAGCAGUUCCCCACUGCCACAAUCACCUGUUACUUUGCACAAGUAUUACAUGCUAGUAUAUUUUGCAAUGGAAUUAGUUCACAUAUAAUAUCGGUGUCAGUUGCUAGAAUUUUAUUCAGAUCAUUUCUAAAAACUAGUUUCCUCCCUGCACUGUAUGACCAAGGUGCUAAUUGUCCUGAUGAAGGCCAUAAUUUUCAGGAGGGGCCAGUGAUUUUGGGGAUGUCCAACUUGAGGUUCUUUCAAGAGACAUGAUUGUCAGAGUAGCUAUGCACCCUCAGCUCCAGUUGACGUCAAUCCUUAUCAUGGCUGGAAGAUAGCCACCAUGGUGCCUAAAACUAGGCAUUUAAAAUCACACCACACUUGAAAAUGUUGACUUUCUUGUAGAACCAGCAGCAUAUUAGCAUAGGAGGUUUUUUUUUUUUAAUUUAGGCAAGCUGUUAUUCUCUGAGUAAAUACAUUAUGAAUGGAUACUUACACUCUUAGGUGUACGCCACGUUUUGCAACAGCUUGUGGAGCGACAUGCUUAGAACUUAAGUAUCCUUGAUCCCAGAUAUGAACAGCCAGGCUUUGAGAAGUUUUUCGUUUUCAUGCAGCUUACUCUGGAUUUUGCCAGAGCAGCUUUCACAUAAUGCUUUCCUCCAUUUCCCAGCCAAACAUCCCUGCCAAAGGAAAGUCCCACUCAUUCUUUCCAAAAACAGUUGGUGAUGGGUCCAAAUAUGGAAACUGUAGCAUCUGCAAGAGGUGGGGCUAGUGCUAAUGCAAUGCUGCUCCCUACAGGUAGGGCACCCAACAAUGGGGGAGAAGCAAGAAGUGAUUAAAGCAGGAAGACUGAAAUGUAAAAACUGAGCAAAAAAGACAUGAAAAGUACAAGCAGUCUCCUGGAAGCUGGGUCCAUCAGUCAGGAGCAUGUCUUUAAAAAUAAAAAAAGUCCUUUACCUAGAUCUUGGGAA